CGGUCACUCUACCUUUUUACACGUGCUGUUCCAAAACAAGAUACUGCUGAGGUCAAAAACAAGGCACAAUUAUUAACGCCAUGGACGAGGAAAACGAAAAUCUAAGUAUGGAAGUGGUGGAGCCUGAGGAUGCGGAAAGCGACAUGGAAUCGGAUAGCGGUAGUGACGCGGAUAACGACGGCGCGGAGACGAAGGUGGCCAAGGAGGUUUAUCUACCUGGAAAUAAACUGGCCGAGGAUGAGGAACUGGUCUGCGACGAAAGUGCCUACGUGAUGCUGCAUCAAGCUUCUACGGGGGCUCCCUGCCUGAGCUUUGACGUUAUUCCUGAUGAGUUGGGGACUGGAAGGCAGUCGUUUCCGAUGACGGCUUACAUUGUGGCUGGCACGCAAGCUGCCCGAACCCAUGUCAACAACUUAAUUGUGAUGAAGAUGAGUAACCUGCAUAGGACGCAGGACGAUGACCAGGAUGAUGACGAGGAGUUAGAAGACGACCAGGACGACGUGGCCGACCGCGAAGAGCAGAAAAAACCGCAGAUGACCUGCGCUUUAAUCAAACACCAGGGGUGCGUUAACCGGGUGCGAUCCCGCCGCAUAGGCAAUAUGGUAUAUGCCGCCUCAUGGAGCGAGUUGGGGCGCGUCAACAUCUGGAACCUGAGCCAACCCUUGCAGGCCGUAGAGGACGAUCAGCUGCUUAAGGAGUACGAACGCAACGAGACCCGUCCGGUGUUUACCUUCGGCGGGCACCAACAGGAGGGUUUCGCAGUGGACUGGAGCCCCAGCGCUGAGGGCGUGCUGGCUACGGGAGACUGCCGGCGGGACAUACAUGUGUGGAGCCCACUAGAGGACGGUACCUGGAAGGUGGACCAACGCCCGCUGGCGGGCCACUCGCAGUCGGUAGAGGAUCUGCAAUGGAGCCCGAACGAGCGAAGCGUUCUCGCCUCUUGCUCCGUGGACAGAACCAUCCGCAUUUGGGAUUGUCGAGCGGCACCGCAAAAGGCAUGCAUGCUCACCUGCCAGGACGCUCACGAGAGCGAUGUCAACGUAAUUUCGUGGAAUCAUUCGGAGCCUUUUAUCGCCAGUGGCGGGGACGACGGAUUUCUACAUAUUUGGGACCUACGCCAGUUUCAGAGUCAGAAACCCAUAGCCACGUUUAAGCACCACACGGACCAUAUUACUACAGUAGAAUGGAGUCCCAGUGAGGCCACCGUUCUGGCUUCAGGCGGUGAUGACGACCAGAUUGCCUUGUGGGACUUGGCCGUGGAAAAGGACACUGACCAAGCGCAGGCACAGGCCCAGAACGAAGAUGAGCUUAGCAAGUUACCACCUCAGUUGCUUUUUAUUCACCAGGGCCAGAAAGAAAUCAAAGAGCUACACUGGCACGCUCAGCUGCCAGGCGUGCUGCUCUCCACAGCCCACAGUGGAUUUAACAUUUUCAGAACUAUUAGCGUUUGAUUAUGCAAUCGGAUAAUAUACUAUGAUACUACAUAAUAUACAAACACUAAUAGAUUA